AAAGGGAGAAAGGAAAUGUUAUGUUACACUACCGAGAGAAGAAUCGAAGCUGAAAUACACAGAUCGUUAAGAAAAUUCUAUCUCACCGGCGACCGCCACUGCAAACCAUGAUUUGACACAAAUACCCCUCUCCCAUCAAAUUACAAAAAUAGCCAAAAAUUUGUGAAAUCUCUCAUCGCAUGGGCGCAUCAUUAUCAAACCUAACGGAAAACGGGUCAGCCGACGGCGGACCACCAGGUUUAGGUGACAUACCUGAAAGUUGCGUAGCGUGUGUUUUUAUGUACCUAACUCCACCUGAAAUUUGUAAUUUAGCUCGUCUUAAUCGCGCUUUUCGUGGUGCUGCUUCUAGUGAUGCUGUCUGGGAAUCUAAACUUCCUCCUAAUUAUCACCAACUGCUCGACCUUUUGCCUCUGAGAAAUUACGAGGGUUUAUCUAAGAAAGAUAUCUUUGCUUUCCUUGCUCGUUCCGUGCCGUUUGAUGAUGGCAAUAAGGAGGUAUGGUUGGACAGAAUAAGUGGAAGGAUUUGCAUGUCAAUCUCCUCGAAAGCGAUGUUGAUAACUAAUAUGGAAGACAGGAGACACUGGAAUUGGUUUCCUACAGAAGAAUCAAGGUUUCAUGUUGUGGCGUAUUGCCAGCAGGUAUGGUGGUUUGAAUUAAGCGGCACAGUGAAGUUUCCUUUUCCUCCGGAUGUAUACACACUAACAUUCAGAGUUCACCUUGGGAAAAUUUCCAAAAGACUCGGCCGACGUGCUUGCAACUUUGAGCAUACUCAUGGAUGGGAUUUGGGGCCAGUGCGGUUUGAACUGUCUACUUCUGAUGGGCAACAUGCAGUUAGUGAGUGCUUUAUUGAUGACAUUGGGCAAGAUGACACAAAUGGGAAUAUCAGGCGUGGGAGCUGGAUUGAGUACAAGGUGGGUGAAUUUAUUGUCAGUACGUCAGAUCCUGUGACUGAAGUUAGAUUUUCAAUGAAACAGAUUGACUGCACACAUUCCAAAGGCGGGCUCUGUGUCGAUUCUGUAUCAAUUACUCCCAGUGAUCUGAAAGCCCCAUACGAGAAAAGGGGUUUAAAGUUUCUGUGAGCGACAUGUUUUCUUGCCAAUGCUCGCACAGAAUUUUAGUUGGGUUUCAUUAUACCGCCAAAAAGCAUUACAUUUGUGGAGGAUGUCAUUGUAAAUUUUUUUCCCUUAGGUAUGUCGUCUCUCCAUGUAAAUGUCACUGUUUUUGUACUUGAUCCAGUUUUAUUGCAUGCAGAAGAUCAAGAAAAGAUAGUUUGCUCAUUUU